AACAUUUGCCGGUUUCAUCUUUGUUAAAGAACAAAUAUAUCACAUGGUGUUUAGUUGUAUGUUAAAUUGUUACGUAUGAGUGCAGAUACUUUUGCGCUCAUAUAUAAACAAAAUUGUAGCAAUAUUUCCAACAGUUCUAAUAACAUACGCCGUUGUACAGUAAAAUAAAACAGUUGGUCUUAAAAUUGCCUUUUUUCCUUAAAAGUAGACAGCCUUCAACGACAAAAUGAUUGCCGCUUUCGCCUUUUCUACAAUUUUAUUGACACACAGUGUAAUGAGUGAGACCCAAAAUCUCGAUUUAUCAAAAGAAGAAGAACUCAUAAAAGGAAGUGUGAAUAGAUUAGAAGCUCAAGGUGCAAAUAUGGAUCCGGUUGAAAGAAUUCGGUUGUUAUGCCUUUCCCGUGGAGUCAACGGGAUCUUGUCACUAGGGAGGAUGUUUAGGAGGAUGGAUGAAGACGGAAACAAACAGCUGAACAGUCGGGAAUUUACUGACGGGUUGCGGGAAGCUGGACUGAAAAUUACCGACGCAGAAGCCAAAGACGUAUUCAACAAGUUUGACCAAGACCAAAGCGGUGGUGUUAACUUGGACGAAUUUUUCAUUGCGAUUAGGGUAAUCAAUUAUGCCUUUAAGAAAGAUGUUUAUACUGCCAAAAAGCAUCCCGAUUUUAUAGCCGGCAAGAAAACCGAAGACGAAAUACUGACGAAAUUUUUGGGCAAUUUUGAACAAGAUGCCAGCCGUGAUGGACGUGUUACAAAAGAAGAAUUUUUAAAUUACUACAGCGGCAUUAGCGUCCUUGUUGAUAACGAUGACUAUUUUUUGGAAAUGAUUAGGAAUGCCUACAAACUAUAAUCAUAUAUAUAUAUAUGUACUUAUAUAUGCAUAUAUAAAAAAAUAUUACACUAUUAAACUAACGCACAAAUUUUCUACGUACCUAAUGUUUAAACAAAAUGUUUUACACAUUGUAUUUCAUUGUAAUAAAGUAUUACACACUUCUCUUCUAA